AUGGAUAGUCAUGAACCCACGUAUUCCACUCCGACCUCUAGUUUGCAUGAAUUCGGCCCUUGCGGAACCGCUCUACUAGAAGUUUGCUCAACCCCAGUGAAUAGCCCAGGUACCGUUUGUAGUAGUCGGGACGGUGUGAGUAUACAGGAUCAAAGUGACCAUGAUUCGGACUCCCAGCGGUUUGCUUCUGACUCAAUCGAGGCUUCCGUCCUCACGAGUCCCUCUGGCGAGCCCGCAGAUCGUGGCUCCUGGCAUUGGACACCUUUACACCAAAGCCUCACUAGUAAAUAUUCGGAGGAUCAGGCUUCCAGAGAGAAUAAUUUCGAUGAAAAGCUCGGUAGAGAGACCUGCAAUCAAGGUAGAUAUGAGAGUUUAGACUUCGUAGGCAUGAAGCAGCACUGUUCUGCCACGCUUCAUCUAACCUCAUCCCCAAAGUCAUUUCCGUUUGCUUCGCAUUCUCCGAUUAAGUCUGCUACUGACUCGUCGCCAUUGUACUCUUCGCCGUCUUCACCCUCAUUUCCCGAGAGUGACACCAUUAGCAGCCUAGGACUUUCUUCUCCUUCUAUCAGCGCUGCACCGUUCAGCCAAGAUCCAGCCUUCUCCAAGGCCGCUUUAUCCUUAACCUCUUCGGGACCUUCCGUCAGUUGCCUGCCAACCAUCAGUUCACCAACUCUCACUUCUACAAAUGCCAGUCCGACUACCUUAUCACUUGAUUCCACUUUUAGCAUAUCCGACUUCGGCAUCGACCUCGAGUCUCUACAGCUUUGCAGGUCUGUCUUUCAGGCCACGGAUCGCCAAAUCCAUAGUCCUGCCACAAAUCUUGGACGAUUUGCUCGCCAGCAUAUAUCCCUAGCCGUCCUGCCGCCGUCGGCCUCGUUGCCCCACAUCUCUCACCAGACGCCUGGUAGAAGUGGGAGCAAUUCCUGCAGAUCCCAUUCGUCUAUGAAUGCUGUAUUCAGACGAUUUCGGCAAAUUCGGAGGCCCUGCAAAUCUACCGACUUUGUCGGUUGUUGCAGGUGCAGACGGUGGGAUAGGCGGAGGUGUUUGAGUGGUAUUGCUUCGAUACACAGUAGGUAUGCUCUGAGGCAUUCCACAAAGUUCGACGAGAGGAGUGAUUUCCUGAGAAACGGGAAAACUCCUCGCGCUCUGAUUCGCUCACAAAAGCUUCGCAAUUGUGGCUUUAGAAAGACUCGUCCACUUUCUGAUCCUGUGGCACAAUUUCACCGAGGCUCUUAUGAUGAGGGAAAUCUAAAAUCUGGCAUACAUUCAGACAUACUUACCUCUCGUAAUUCACGUAAGUUUCCCGCUUUGCCGGCAAGACACCUCCUCUCGCACUUAACGUACAAAUCUAACUGCAACAGUAUUGUUCCCAUUUCUCCAAGCCAGUCAGAUGUAGACCUCGAUUCCGAGCUUGAGUCGGCCUUCAGGAGCAAUAACCUUGGCGAUACACACAAAUUCAUGUUUGAAAUAGAGAAGGAAUCAGAACUCAGUUUUUGUCAUGAUUCAAACUCUUUUUGCAUACAUAAUGACACCAAAUUGGAGUGUAACAUCUCGGAUAUAUCUAAAUCAAACUCUCACAUUUCCAACUUUGUUGCCUAUCCUCAAGGAACCUCACCAAGCGAGCUUCCGAAGAAACAAAUCUAUAAAGACUCCCUUCUCACGUCCCAAAGAGAUGAAGGUGAUGAUUCCUUCUUUUUUAGAAAUCGUCAAAAUUAUUUGGCAUCCAAAGUGGGAAAGUCAUAUUGCCUUGCAAAGCCCACAAUGACAGCUUUGCCUAUCUCUAAGAGUUGGCCUUAUUCUAUACCUUUUGGAGCACAGUCUUUGACUCACCUUUUGGCUUCCCCAGACUGCAAGCCGUUCUGCCUACACUACUCUGCUAAAUGUCAUUGCAUUUGCUCUUCGAAAUUCCCUCCUAUUCAUAAAACCGCCUCCGGUUUACGUCCGACUUCGUUCUUCAAUGAUAAAUCUUUAAGAGAUGAUGCAUGUAUGCCACACAGCCUCCCAGACCGACUUUUCCGGUCAAGAUCAGCUGAUGAUAUCAGCAUUGCUAAUGGCAAUACAAAAUUUAUGGGAAGCCGUUGGAUGCCUAAAGAUCUAAUAACAAAGGAUAAUGCUGCAUCUAUUUCUGAUCAGAUAAGUUUGGAUGACAUUGACAGCUCUACUCUUAGUUCAAGUUCGAGCAGCGCAUUUGUAAUGAUGGCCUUCAGCUCUCCAGAAAAUUCGUUGGGAAUGCCAGAAAUCGAACGCGCCUUAAGUCCAGGACGGUAUGUGAUCAUUGUUUGA